AUGCAUCACGGAAUAAACACUUACGCGUUCACACAAGGAGACGAAGAAGGGGGGGGGGGGGGGGGGGGGGGGGGGCAGGGCAGAACAGAGCGCACGAGGGCGCGGGUAGCAUCAGGGCGCACGAGGGCGCGGGCAGCAGCAGAGCGCACGAGGGCGCAGGCAGACCAGAGCGCACAAGGGCGCGGACAGCAGCAGAGCGGCACAGGCAGCACAGGCACGGGCAGCAACGGGCGGCAACGGGCGGCACAGGCACGGGCAGCAACAGGCAGCAACAGGCAACAACAGGCAGCACAAGCUCGGGCAGCAACGGGCCGCAACAUGCAGCACAGGCACGGGCAGCAACAGGCGGCAACGGGCAGCACAGGCACGGGAAGCAACAGGCAGCAACGGGCAGCACAGGCACAGGCAGCAACGGGCGGCAACAGGCAGCACAGGCACGGGCAGCAACAGGCAGCACAGGCACGGGCAGCAACGGGCGGCAACGGGCAGCACAGGCUCGGGCAGCAACAGGCGGCAACGGGCAGCACUGGCACGGGCAGCAACGGGCGGCAACGGGCAGCACAGGCACAGGCAGCAACAGGUAGCACAGGCUCGGGCAGCAACGGGCGGCAACACGCAGCACAAGCACGGGCAGCAACAGGCGGCAACGGGCAGCACAGGCACGGGCAGCAACAGGCAGCAACGCGCAGCACAGGCACAGGCAGCAACGGGCGGCAACAGGCAGCACAGGCACGGGCAGCAACAGGCAGCACAGGCACGGGCAGCAACGGGCGGCAACGGGCAGCACAGGCUCGGGCAGCAACAGGCUGCAACGGGCAGCACAAGCACGGGCAGCAACGGGCGGCAACGGGCAGCACAGGCACAGGCAGCAACAGGCAGCAACGGGUAGCACAGGCACGGGCAGCAACAGGCAGCAACGGGCAGCACAGGCACAGGCAGCAACGGGCGGCAACAGGCAGCACAGGCACGGGCAGCAACAGGCAGCACAGGCACGGGCAGCAAUGGGCGGCAACAGGCAGCACAGGCACGGGCAGCAACGGGCGGCAAUGGGCAGCACAGGCACGGGCAGCAACGGGCGGCAACGGGCAGCACAGGCUGAGGAAAGUAGAACGAGACUGA